AUGGCCGAUACUGCAGCGCCGCCGCCGCAAAUGCUGCCCGUAGUUAUCCCUGUGGAUACGAUCGAUGAUAUAGGUCGCAACGCACUUCCCAAUAGAGAUGCACCGCCGUCCACCACUGCGGCGCCGACAGCGACGACGCAAGAUCCGAUUUCGUCUCAGUUGCCCGCGGCCCCGGGAAGGCAGCAAGAAGAGAACCAAGGCGUUUCGAACGAACCUGGGAAUAAGCCACGACCGCGUUUCCAGAAUUUCAUGCGUCUUCGUGGCCAGCGGUCCGAGCAGAAUCGGCAGCGCGCGCCGGUCAGUGUGGUGGACCAGCUGCAGUUUGGUAUGCUUCCUGUAGCCAUGGUCAAAAUGCAGCUCGAGCGCGACGAGCACAACGACCCACCGAUUCCUAUCCUGGGCCAGGAACUAAGCGCAAAGAUUACGCAUACAGUGCACACGGGCAAUACAGGCCACACACUGUACCGUAUCGAGCUAGACUAUGCGUUUGGGAUGAUCCGUUGGGCGAUCUACCGCGAAGUACGUGACUUUCUCGCCUUGCACACCUACCUGCGCACGCAGAGCGUCCGCGGCUACCUUAACAAGACCACCACACGAGGGAACACGGACGGCGAAGAAGGCUUGCCGCGUUUUCCACGCGCCUUGUUGGUAGGUCUUCUCUCCAUCCAGCACAUGCCGAAAUGGCUUUCGCAGCGUCCCGAGGACGAGAAAGAAGACGCAUUGUCGGAUCGCGAGGCGCGCGAGGCGCUAGAGUUGUACCUGAACCGCUUGGUUCGCCGCGUUGCCUUCACUGCCCAGGUGAAUCGGGUGUGUUUGUUCCUGGAAUUCAGUGUGAUGUCUUUGCAGAUGGCAUGUAUCCAAGGCGAGUUGGGCAAGCAGGGCUACCUUAAGAUCAAGUCGCGCUCGUCGCCCCACUCUAUCAUGAAAUUCGGAACGCGCGAGCGGAUUCCCAGAUGGUUCAUCGUGCGCGAGAGCUGCAUUGUGGUGAUGGAGCAGGCCGCGAGCCUGAAUAUUCACGACGUGUUCCUCAUGGACCAGGAAUUCGAGCUUGUCCAAGGCCGGCAUCUCCAGCCCCACGUCGUCGAAUACAGCAACGACGAAAUUCGAUUCGUGGAGAAAAGCGGCGAUAAAAACAAGUCCAGGGUGCGCACAGGCGCGACGGCGCACCACUACUUUAAGCGGCACAAUUUCUACGUGAAGAAUGCAGAGCGCAAGAUGAAGCUCGGGGCAAAGAGCGAGCGCGAAAUGGAGCAGUUUCUCAUGUCCAUAAAAUGGGUUGCAGCGCGCAACCAGUAUGGGCAGCCGAACCGCUUCGGCAGCUUUGCGCCGAUUCGAUGCAAGGCUAACGCGCAGUGGCUCGUCGAUGGGCGUGACUAUUUCUGGGCACUGUCGGAGGCGAUAAGCAAUGCGCGCGAGCGUAUCUAUAUCCACGACUGGUGGCUCUCCCCUGAGCUCUAUCUCCGGCGCCCUGGCACGCUCGAAUGGCGCCUGGACCAUUUGCUCAAGCGCAAGGCCGAGGAAGGAGUGCACAUUUACAUUGUUCUUUAUAACGAAGUGGCGAACCAAUUUACGCCCACAGACUCGGGCUACUCCAAGCAGCACCUCAUGGCGCUGCACUCCAACAUCUUUGUGCAGCGCUCGCCGAAUCACUUCCAGAUGGGCACCUUCUACUGGGCGCACCACGAAAAGGUGUGCAUCGUGGACGAAAUGGUCGCAUUUAUGGGCGGAUUUGACCUGUGCUUUGGCCGCUGGGACACGCCCUCCCAUGCGCUCGUCGACGAUCCGUACAUGGAGCACCCCGAGGGCCUGAGCCUCACGCCUGGCUUCCUUGGCCCCACGCUCGAUGGAAAGCACGAGGCGCAAGUGUGGCCAGGCCAGGAUUAUGCGAACGAGCGCGUGGCCGAAUGGCACACGCUGAAUAAACCUGAGCAGGACGUGAUCAAUCGAGAACGCGCGCCUAGGAUGCCAUGGCACGAUACAGGUGUGCAAAUUAUGGGCCAGCCUGCGCGUGAUCUAUGCCGCCAUUUUGUUCAGCGGUGGAACAUGCUCCUGCGCAGCAAAAAUCACACGCGAAAAAUGUCGUUCCUCAUGCCUCCCCCUGAGCUCGGCCCCGAGGAGCUGAAAGAGUACGGUGUGCAGGGUACGUGUGAGAUCCAAAUAUGCCGGUCGGCAGGCCCAUGGAGCUUGCACACGCCCAAGACGGUGGAGCACUCUGUGCAAAACGCCUACUUGAAAUGCAUCCAAAUGAGCGAUCAUUUCGUCUACAUUGAAAAUCAAUUUUUCGUCACCUCGACCGCCCUGGACAAUGUCCAAAUCGAAAACAGUAUCGGCCUCGCGCUCGUGGAACGCAUAGUGCGUGCACAUCGCCAAGGCACUCCGUGGCGAGCGAUCAUUGUCAUUCCACUCACCCCUGGCUUCCCCAUGUCAUACGAUAAUCCCGAAAGCUCGUCGCUGCGCAUCAUCCAGUCGCUGCAGUAUCUCUCUAUUUCGCGAGGGCCCAACUCUAUUUUUGGGCGGUUGCUGCGCGCGGGUGUGAACCCCGACGAGUAUAUCGGGUUCUUCUCCCUGCGCACUUGGGGCAUGCUUCGCAAUGGACGGCUUAGCACCGAGCAGCUCUACAUCCAUGGAAAAACCAUGGUCGUAGACGACCGCAUUGCACUGAUUGGAAGCGCUAAUAUCAACGAGCGCAGCCAGCGCGGAGACCGCGACUCGGAGCUCCUCGCGGUGAUUCGCGACGAAGACAUGAUCGACUCUACCAUGGCGGGCCAGCCAUACAAGGUCGGCCGCUUCGCACACACGCUGCGUCUCCGCCAAAUGCGCGAGCACGCAGGAAUCGACACCGAUAUGCUCGAAAACGCCGCGCUCAAGCACGAAGCGUACAAGCCAAAACGCACGCCGGCAAAGCCCAGCGCGAAUGCAAACACCUCGCUGCCUUCCAUGCCCGGCCGGCGGCGCACGCAUUCGCGCAGUAACAACUUGUUUGCGCCGCUCUUUAGCGUUCCCGAAGUCGAUCCGGACGCGUUUAUCGACCCCCUCGAUCCCGAGUUCUACGAGGAUGUCUGGCUCAAUAUCGCCGACUACAACACGUAUGCUUUCCGCUGCGUGUUUCACUGUGUCCCUGACGACGACAUCAAGACAUGGGUUGCGUAUACGGAAGCAAUGCAUUGGUCCUCGCGCCUGAAUCGGUCCUUGUGGCAGCGGCCAGCAUCCCAGUCCAACGCGCCCCUCCAAUGGGCCGGCGAAACGCUUCAGCCAGAACCAGACGUGUUUAGUGCACAGGAACACGACCAGAUGGUCGCGCUCCUGCAGACAUGCUGCGGCAAUCUUGUCCAUCACCCCCUCCUGUUCAUGGAGCAGGAAGCGGCUGCGAGCAACUUUAUGUUCCCCAUGGACCACAUUACACCCACCAUGGUGUUUGACUAG